UACAAAAAAGUAGAGAAACUGAUUCCCACUUCUUGAAGGAUGGAGCAUAUAAAUCUUGGGCUGCAAGAAUUAUGUAAGACAGAACCAAGACAGCAAGAUCAUAUAUUGUACAUUGUUCUAGGCUUCUGCGUAUCAUUCAACGUUGAUGUGAAAAAUUCAAUGACUUUCAGUGGCCCCGUGGAGGACAUGUUUGGAUAUACUGUUCAACAAUAUGAAAAUGAAGAAGGAAAAUGGGUGCUUGUUGGUUCUCCUCUAGUUGGUCAACCCAAGAACAGAACUGGAGAUGUCUAUAAGUGUCCAGUUGGGAGAGGCAAACCAUUACCUUGCAUAAAGUUGGAUCUACCAGUUAAUACAUCAAUUCCCAAUGUCACAGAAGUAAAGGAGAACAUGACUUUUGGAUCAACUUUAGUCACCAACCCAAACGGAGGGUUUCUGGCAUGUGGCCCCUUAUAUGCCUAUAGAUGUGGACAUUUGCAUUACACAACUGGAAUCUGUUCUGAUGUCAGCCCCACAUUUCAAGUCGUGAACUCCAUUGCUCCUGUACGAGAAUGCAGCACCCAACUGGACAUAGUCAUAGUGCUGGAUGGCUCCAAUAGUAUUUACCCCUGGGAGAGUGUUACAGCUUUUUUAAAUGACCUUCUUGAAAGAAUGGAUAUUGGUCCUAAACAGACACAGGUUGGAAUUGUACAGUAUGGAGAAAAUGUAACCCAUGAGUUCAACCUCAAUAAGUAUUCAUCAACAGAAGAGGUACUUGUUGCAGCAAAUAAAAUAAUCCAGAGAGGUGGCCGCCAGACUAUGACAGCCCUUGGAAUAGACACAGCCAGGAAGGAGGCUUUCACUGAAGCCCGAGGUGCCCGAAGGGGAGUUAAAAAAGUCAUGGUAAUUGUGACUGAUGGGGAAUCCCAUGACAAUCAUCGACUGAAUAAGGUCAUCCAAGACUGUGAGGAUGAAAACAUUCAGCGGUUUUCCAUAGCUAUUCUUGGGAGCUAUAACAGAGGAAAUUUAAGCACUGAAAAAUUUGUGGAAGAAAUAAAAUCAAUUGCAAGUGAACCCACUGAAAAGCAUUUCUUCAACGUCUCUGAUGAAUUGGCUCUAGUCACUAUUGUUGAAGCUCUGGGAGAAAGAAUAUUUGCCUUGGAAGCUACAGCUGACCAGUCAGCAGCUUCAUUUGAAAUGGAAAUGUCUCAGACUGGCUUCAGUGCUCAUUAUUCACAGGACUGGGUCAUGCUUGGAGCAGUAGGAGCCUAUGAUUGGAAUGGAACAGUCGUCAUGCAGAAGGCUAAUCAAAUCAUAAUCCCCCAAAACACAACCUUUAACGUUGAGUCUACCAAAAAGAAUGAACCUCUUGCUUCUUACUUAGGUUACACAGUGAAUUCCGCCACUGUUUCUGGAGAUGUGCUGUACAUUGCUGGACAGCCACGGUACAAUCAUACGGGCCAAGUUGUCAUCUACAGGAUGGAAGAUGGAGACAUCAAGAUUCUCCAGACACUCAGUGGAGAACAGAUUGGUUCCUACUUUGGCAGUGUUUUAACAACAAUUGACAUUGAUAAAGAUUCUAAUACCGACAUUCUUCUGGUUGGGGCUCCCAUGUACAUGGGAACAGAGAAAGAGGAACAAGGGAAAGUAUAUGUGUAUGCUCUUAAUCAGACAAGGUUUGAAUAUCAAAUGAGCCUGGAGCCCAUUAAGCAGACUUGCUGCUCAUCUCUGAAGCACAACUCAUGCACAAAGGAAAACAAAAAUGAGCCAUGCGGGGCUCGUUUCGGAACAGCUAUCGCUGCUGUGAGAGACCUCAAUCUUGAUGGAUUUGAUGACAUCGUAAUAGGAGCUCCCCUGGAAGAUGAUCAUGGGGGAGCCGUGUAUAUUUAUCAUGGGAGUGGCAAGACUAUAAGGAAAGAGUACGCACAACGUAUUCCAUCAGGUGGAGAUGGGAAGACACUAAAAUUUUUUGGCCAGUCUAUCCAUGGAGAAAUGGAUUUAAAUGGUGACGGUCUGACUGAUGUGACUAUUGGGGGCCUUGGUGGUGCUGCCCUCUUCUGGUCCCGAGAUGUGGCUGUCGUUAAAGUGACCAUGAAUUUUGACCCCAAUAAAGUGAAUAUCCAAAAGAAAAACUGCCAUGUGGAAGGAAAGGAAACAGUAUGCAUAAAUGCUACAGUGUGUUUUGAUGUGAAAUUAAAGUCCAAAGAAGACACAAUUUUUGUAGCUGAUAUGCAGUACCGUGUCACACUAGAUUCACUAAGACAGAUAUCGCGAAGUUUUUUCUCUGGAACUCAAGAAAGAAAGAUUCAAAGAAACAUCACAGUUGAAGAAUCAGAAUGCACUAAGCUCUCCUUCUACAUGUUGGACAAGCAUGACUUUCGGGACUCUGUAAGGAUAACUUUGGAUUUUAAUCUUACCGAUCCAGAAAAUGGGCCUGUUCUUGAUGAUUCCCUACCAAAUUCAGUACAUGAAUAUAUUCCCUUCGCCAAAGAUUGUGGAAACAAGGAAAAAUGUAUCUCGGACCUCGCCCUGAAAGUAUCCACCACAGAAAAGGGCCUGCUUAUUGUCAGGUCCCACAACGAUAAGUUCAAUGUUAGUCUCACAGUCAAAAAUAAGAAGGACAGUGCCUAUAACACCAGAACCAUAGUGCACUAUUCUCCAAAUCUAAUUUUUUCAGGAAUUGAGGCUAUCCAAAAAGACAGUUGUGAAUCCAAUCAUAAUCUCACAUGUAAAGUUGGAUAUCCUUUCCUGAGAAGAGGAGAAGAGGUUACUUUCAAAAUAUUAUUUCAGUUUAACACAUCUUAUCUCAUGGAAAAUGUGAUCAUUCAUUUAAGUGCAACAAGUGACAGUGAAGAACCUCCUGAAGCCCUUUCUGAUAAUGAAGUAAACAUUUCUAUCCCAGUAAAAUAUGAAGUUGGACUUCAGUUUUACAGCUCUGCAAGCGAAUACCAUAUUUCAAUUGCAGCCAAUGAGACUGUCCCUGAAGUUAUUAAUUCUACUGAGGACAUUGGAGAUGAAAUUAAUAUCUUCUAUUUGAUUAGAAAGAGUGGACAUUUUCCAAUGCCAGAACUUAAACUGUCAAUUUCGUUUCCCAACUUGACAUCAGAUGGUUAUCCUGUGCUAUACCCAAGUGGAUGGUCGUCUUCUAAUAAUGCAAACUGCAGACCCAGUAGCCUUCAGGACCCUCUUGGUGUCAACUCUGGGAAGAAAACGAUUAUAUCCAAACCUGAAGAUCUCAAACGAGGCACAAUUCCGGACUGCAGUACGUGUAAAUUUGCUACUAUUACGUGUACUUUGAUUCCUUCUGACAUAAGCCAAGUGAAUGUUUCACUUAUCUUAUGGAAACCAACUUUUAUAAAAGCACAUUUUUCCAGCUUAAAUCUUACUGUAAGGGCAGACCUUCAGAGUGAAAAUACAUCACUGAUUUUAAGUACUGGCAAUCAAAAAAGAGAGCUCUGUGUCCCCAAAGCAUCAGCAGUGACCCACCCGUCGCCAUCUGAGGAGUUUGUACCAGCAGCCAAUAUAUUUUGCUAUUCAAAUAUCCAAAGAUGGACUGCCGGGCAGAGUGCCAUUAUGGGUCAUCCUAUUGAGUGCUUUUGCUGGAUUAUUGCUAUUAAUGCUGCUCAUAUUAGCACUGUGGAAGAUUGGAUUCUUCAAAAGACCACUAAAGAAGAAAAUGGAGAAAUGACAUAUUUUACAGGAGGAAAAAAAUAACAGUUAUUCGAUGAUCUAUCCUCAGGCAAAGCAAGGAGUUGAAAGCAAGAAAAUACAAAGGGUGACACAAUGAAAAUCAGACCUUCACAGCCACAAAGAAGCUGUCUUACUUUCUCGAGGAAUCCAGAACCCUGAAACGAUACUGUGAAAGUUCAUCCUUUGCAAAUAUUUGUAAUUUCUAUGAUCCAAUUUGAAAUUCAGUUGUCCAAUUUAUUCAGUUAUUUUCUUUGAGCCUUAAAGUCACGGGCAAUUUAAUCUCUGAAUAUUUCCAUGUCAUCAGUAUGCUUAAAAUGAGGCUUAUAGAGGGAGAUAUUUUUGUAAAAUUUGAUGCUUACUCAACCAUGAUAAAUGUACCUACACAUGCAAAUACCUAUUAAUACCUAUAAAUAUAUAUAUUCUCUUUUCCUUUUACAAAACCAAUAUCUAGACUCAAUUGGAAAACAAAUUUCUGUACCAAAAGCAAAAGGUGGUUGCACAGUGUUUGACUCAAGCUGGAUUGUAGCAGCUGUGAAAAGCUGUGCCCACAUUCUCCCCAGGCAUCCCCUGCAAGGGCCACAGCUUGUAGGGUGAAUGGCCACCCCUCCAGCUCCAGGCAGUGUCUUUCAUAGAGGAUAAUGCCUUUGUCAAACGUGGUAAUAUGCUCUGUGUGAAUUAACUGUCUUGCUUGGCACAACACUGAGAAAACUAGGGAAGACCCAGAUUUAAAGCACGAUUCAUGUGCUUGGUGCAGUCAUGUUAUUGUUCAAAUAAGGAGGCUUCUGGCAAAUCCUUUUUUAGAAAAUAAUAUCCUCUGCAUCCUUCAUUUAUUUUCAACACCUCUCAAGUCCUCUGCAUUAGUGAUCGCCCCUAACCCCCAACACCAAGGGAGAGUUUCAAGAAGACUAUUGGAGGAAAAUCUGUUUAUAUGUGCUCUCUGUUUGCUGUGAAUACCAGCUUCAGUGAACUGAUCAUUUAUACAGGAUUUCAGGCCUCAGUUCUUCUGUGACAGUCUAAAGGCAUAACAUGAUAUAGGCAUAAUGUAAUGGGACAAAAUGCCCUGUACCUCAGAGGAGUAAUAUCUUUAACAGAUUUGCCAGCCUUUGUGGGACGCUGUCAGCAACUAUGCCAGGGGUAGGAUAUAGCCACCAUCACCCUACAAUCUCCAUCCUCACCCAUGGCCAUAAUAAUCCAAAAAAUUAAAAGAGGGCUCUAAAAUCUUCAGACUGAUACUAUUUUUUAAUGUAGUUUAAUUGUAAACAGCAGAAAUUUUUUAAUGCAAACAGAGCUUCAAGAUGAGUCCACUCAGCAACCCCUUCAUAUCAAACUGCUGCCCCUAAACCUCCCCUACACAGAACUUCUGAAAUCACCCCUAGAUGUUAACUCUGCAGUACAUUACAAAAGGCUCAGGUCUGCUGUUACCCAAAUGGAAGCACUAUUGUGCAACAUCUUAUCUAAAACAAAAAUAGAGCUAACAUCUAACAUUGUCAUCUGGUGAAGAAGUCAGUAUCUUUGAUCCUCAUAUUAAAAUUUAACCUUGAAUUUAAAAAUUCCAAGUAACAGCCUUUAACCAUCUACCUUGAGGAAACCUGAAGGAGCUCCUAAGCCCCAUCGUUCCCUGCGACAUCUGGCACCAGGAGGUCCAGGUCUUAAGUGAUGGGGAUGGAUACUUCUGCCUCUGAGCUUAACUCCUGAAUUCACUGCACCCCAGAUCAGCCUGGCCCCACUCCAUAUCAGAUAUACACAUAAGCACUUCUUGCUGAAAAUUUACCAUACUGAAAAAUAUGCAAGGGUGAGUUAUCACUUCAAAUGUACUCUGCUUUGAGGUCAGCUUUUUUUUUUUUUUUUUUUUUUUUUGCCUUUUUAAAUAUAUCAAAACCUUUCCCCCAUAACUAAUGAGUGCUGAACUUUACCUAAGACUUCCUUGCAUUUGCCUCCUGCCACGGGCUGGAGAAUUUCCGUGCCAUGAGGACCAGACAGCAGGAGCUAGAGUCCAUCUGCAGGCUCUUUCUGCCUCCUGCCUUCUGCCUUCCAGUUGGUCUCUUCUCUUCUCAAGUGCACAAUGGGGAUGGUUUGUUUUGAUUUGGAAUUUCCUUGGCAAGGCCAUUAUAAACCUCGUGCCCCUUGCAGGACUUUGCAUGGUUGCAUGUUUUUUCUGGUGAGUUGAGACUUGGAAAUCCUUUAAUUAUCUGACACACCACAGAAACCCUGGCUAUAAACUAGGGACCAGUGACACUCCCAACUAUGAUGAUAUUUGAUUUUACCAUAUUUCAAGUCACAUCGUUAGGGGGGAAAAAAAAGACUAAGUGGAAUUUUAGAAACUCUUCUGCAAAAGAAUGAGACUGGCAGUCUUCCUAUCAUGCCCCCAAGGCUUCUUGCAUCUUGAGAGACAGAAAAAAAAUGGGGGGGGAUGGGGGUGGGGAGAGGAAAUAAAGCUAUUUAUCUUUUAUAUAUACACCCUUCUUCCUCAAAAUACCGCAAGCUUCCUUAGACCACAUCGUACACCCAUGCAAUACUAACACAUGUACUUUGCACAAGUAAAUUGUUGAUCAAAUAAAAAUAUAUUCUUCCUUGCUUAUUAGCCGGGGCUAAUUUCCUGGAGUUUAGUACACUUUGUCUCAAAUAAAAACAAUCAUGUGAAGCAGCAACACAUCAGAUCUUCUUCAUACUGGAAUCAUUUCAUACAGGACAUCCUAAUACUUCGCAUUUAAUUCUGACAUCUCUUGGCCUUAUUGCAGGAUGCAACAGCUGUCUUCAUUAGGAAACAUUGGCCUGUGAAGAGAAUGGUGUACUAUGUAUUACUACUGUGAGGAUGUAAAAUUGUUAACAGACAGUGUGAAGAAUUGUAUCCAUUUGAUUAAGAAGAAAAAUAUUGUAUAUAAUAACUACUGCCCUGAAACGUGUAUCAUAUCACUCCAAUAAAGUUUUCAGCAUGGUCUGACAUCAGGUA